UGUGCACUGUAACCUCGGUGCUGCCAUGUCUCAGCACAAACAACCGUGAUGCUCCCCCGGUAACCAAAUGAAGAGUCUAGUUGGUAUUUCCAUUGUUUUGUCGGGGGCUGAUGACACAAGUGGAAACUGCUAAUGUGAGGAUUCACUGGUUAUCUCCAUCGCAAAGAUACAGCACUGAACUGGGAUUUAAGCUCAAAGGACCACUCCACAGGAGUUUUGUCAGUGCUGGUGCAGAGGUAAAGACAGGCAAUUAUGUGCCAUCUGGAGCCUACUAAACGCAUCUUUGUGGUCUGCCUGGGAAUAAGUAUUAUGGUGUGUUCACUUAUUUAUCUGAGUGUUGAUGUGCCAACCGAGCCUAAGUCCAGAGAGGAGUGCAGACCCUUUGCUCCUCAGUGUAAGCCCUUUCUGGUCGGCUACAACAGCGGGCUGAGAUGGCGCCGACAGAACUGCCAGGUGGAGCACUACAUCACAAACAACAGUCUGGACUGCUCCAAACUCAUUAUGGGCUUCAACUUUAUCACUGCCCCCCUAAGUAAAGAGGAGAAGGACUACCCUUUAGCAUUCAUUCUGACCAUCCACAAAGAACUGGAGGUCUUUAUACGAUUGUUAAGGGCUAUAUACAUGCCCCAAAAUGUCUACUGCAUUCAUGUGGAUGCCAAAGCCCCUCUGGAAUACAAAGUUUCCGUUCAAAAACUGGCAAGCUGCUUUGACAACGUCUUUGUGGCCGGCCGAAGCGAGACUGUUACCUAUGCUGGCUACUCCCGUCUGCAGGCCGACUUGAAUUGCAUGGGCGAGCUGGUACAAUCCAAAAUCCGUUGGAGGAAAGUAUUGAAUCUUUGCGGGCAAGAUUUCCCCAUCAUGAGCAAUCUGGAGCUGGUGCGCUACAUGCAAAGCGAAGAAUGGAAAGAUAAAAACAUGACUCCAGGGGUCAAGCAACCGCCAAAGUUUAGUUCUCGAACUAGGAUGCAGCACAUAGAAAUGGUGGAUAACUCUGUGAGGAGGUCUGGGAGAACAAAGGACCCCCCACCACGUAGAAUGCAGGUGUACUUCGGGACAGCCUAUUAUGCACUCACAAGGGAAUUUGUGAAGUUUGUUCUGACAAGUCAAGUGGCUCAGGAACUGCUGAUGUGGUCCAGAGAUACUUACAGUCCGGACGAGCACUUCUGGGUAACACUCAACCAUAUCAAAGAAGCUCCAGGUAGUUACCUGACAGGAGGAUGGGGAGGAAGCAUUCGUGCCAUUAAAUGGUCCGAUCAAGAGGGAACAUCACAUGAUGGGUGUAAAGGACGCUAUGUUCGGGACAUCUGUGUCUAUGGGACUGAUGACCUGCCCUGGAUUCUAAAGAGCGCUGCCAUGUUUGCUAAUAAAUUUGAGAGUGGCACACACCCUGAGGCGCUGGACUGUCUAGAGCAGUGGCACCGAAUCAAAGUCCUCAAGCAGGCAACUGUGCCUAUAGAUCCAACAUGGCUGCUCGCAAUACCAUACAGCAAUAGCACUGACAUGCAAAAUUACUGA